GCUCGGAAGGGGCGGGGCCCCGCCGCAGCGGGAAGAUGGCGGCGGGCGGCGGCGGCGGCACCGGGCCGGGCGCGGGGCCCGGCGGAGGCUCCGCUGCCCGCAGGGGCAGCGCGGGCCGGGACGCGGAGGCCGAGGUUUGGUGCCGGCGGGUGCGGGAGCUGGUGAGCGCGGUUCCCGCCAACCGCCUCUGCUUCGAGUGCGGCCAGCGCGGCGUCACCUACGUGGACAUCAGCGUGGGCAGCUUCGUGUGCACCGGCUGCUCUGGGGCGCUGCGGGGACUGAACCCCCCCCACCGCGUCAAGUCCAUCUCCAUGACGACCUUCAGCGAGGCCGAGGUGCUGUUCCUGCAGGCGCACGGCAAUGAGGCCUGCAGGCGGGUCUGGCUCGGCACCUUCGACCCCCGGAACUCGCUGCUGCCCGACUCCCGGGACCCGCAGAAGGUGAAGGAGUUCCUGCAGGAGAAGUACGAGAAGAAGCGAUGGUACGUGGCACCAGAGCAAGUGAAACCAGAACAAGUGAAAUCCCAAAGUACCGCAGCAGAGCCAGGGCCCCCCCCACGCCCUGCGUGGGGACACAGCGACACUGGCACAGGUGAGACCCGCCCACUUCUGGGGGUGCCCAGGGCGGGGGGCGCCACCCCUGACCCUGCGGUGCCCCCCCAGCCCCGGCCGGCCGCCCACCCCCCUCCCCAGCCGGCCCGAAAGGCCAGCACCGACCUGCUGGCAGACAUCGGGGGGGAUCCCUUCGCCAGCCCCGCCCCGGCGCCCGCCUUCGCCGCUUUCCCCGGCCCGGCCCCAGCCCGCUCUGCCUUCCCCAGCUUCACUGCCUUUGGAACCAGCCCUGGAGCGCCAGCGCUGGGGGGAGCCGUGCCUCCCUUCCACAUCCCACCCACCACCACAGGCUACACCAACCCCUUCACGGCCCCCGUGGCCCCCAGACCCUCCACCAACCCCUUCCAGAGCAACGGCCCCGGUGCUGCUUUCACCUCGCCCCCUGCCCCUGGAGGGUUCCCCAGCCCUUUCCAGGCUGAUGGUUUGCCUUUCGGCGGGUUCAACGUUGCCAAAGCUUCCACCAACCCCUUCGUGACGGUCCCGACCCCGGCAGCGCCGUUCGGCACCAGGCACCCGACCACCAACCCGUUCCUCUGACCGCGGCUGCGGGUGAGGGGCUCGGCCGAGCCCUCGGAGCCCUCACGGCCCUCGGAGCCCUCAGAGCCCCCCGCGGCUGCGUGUGGCGGCCCAGGCCGUGCACCGCUCCUCCCGCCUCCGCCGGGACCACCGUUCUAUUUUUGUUCCGAGAGAUUUAUCGUGAUAUCUAAUAUAUAUUCGAUAGAAACGGC